AUGAACCGGGACGGUUUUUUCAGGUUGUCCUCGAAGCCGGCUGCCCCGUCCUGGCGCUCCCGCCUACCUGCACGUCGCGCCCGUCCGUGCCGCGAUUCCCUGAUCAGCCUGUCCUUCGGGGGAGCCGUGGGGCUCAUGUUCCUGAUGCUCGGAUGUGCCCUGCCGCAGUACAACCAGUACUGGCCGCUGUUUGUCCUGUUUUUCUACAUCCUUUCUCCCAUCCCGUACUGCAUAGCACGGAGGUUAGUGGACGACACGGACGCGGCGAGCAAUGCCUGCAAGGAGCUGGCCAUAUUCCUCACCACGGGCAUCGUUGUCUCCGCGUUCGGGCUGCCUAUAGUGUUUGCCAGAGCUGAGCUGAUUUACUGGGGCGCGUGCGCGCUCGUCCUCACGGGGAACACGGUCAUCUUCGCCACGAUCCUCGGGUUUUUCCUGGUCUUCGGCAGCAACGACGACUUCAGCUGGCAGCAGUGGUGA